UACAUAACGAAGGCAUGAUGGCUCUUGUUGAUCAGCAGAAGAAGGGGCUUCCAGGAACUGGGAUAGGAAAGUCGGAGAGUUUCCUGCUUUCUGAAACCAGCCUUGCCUCUCUUGAAUCUUUAACCAUGCCUCUUGUCCAGGAAGUUGUUCUCUCGGCAGAUAUUCGAUGUGCAGAAUGUCAGAAGAGAGUAGCUGACAUAAUGGCCAGAAUGAAUGGGACAGAGUCGGUGGUGGUGAAUGUUUUGGAAAAGAAGGUGACACUAACAAGUAGAUAUGCAGGUAUUGGUAAAUCAUCCACGCAGCAAGUUGCUGCCGUAUGUAGGAAUCCUCUUGACAAAGUCGCCAUGAUUAGACGGAUAUUCCGCUCUUCUCGCCGUUGAUUGAUUACAAGCCAGAAAGGAUCCAAGACGCCAAAGAAAAUUUGUUGUAUAAUAAUACUUCUAAGUAGGCCAUGUAUAUAAGUUUCAAGUUACAUUGAUGAUCAAUAAAUCAAUUCUGUAGACUGUAGUUCUCUUUA